UCUGAGCUUCACUCCAGCAGCAGUAACCCGCGGACAGUCAGCAGACAAACUUAAGCGCAAAGCCAGUGGAAGUCCAUCAAGUGUAACGUUUGCAGCUGCCACUCAGUCAGGAUGGGAAGCGCCACACCUGUCCUCCGGCUUGCCAUGCACACCUGCUUUCUGCUGCUGCUGGGGGGUUUGCUGGGCAAAGCUGCGCACGAGCCAGGAAGUUUGUUCAUGUGGAUUGAUGCCAACCAAGCAAGGAUCCUAAUUGGAUUUGAGGAGGAUAUUAUGAUUGUGUCCGAAGGGAAAAUGGCUCCAUUCACUGAUGACUUCAGAAAGGCGCAGCAGCGGAUGCCUGCGAUCCCCGUGAAUAUCCAACAUGUCAACUUCACUUGGCAGGCCACCCACCAGGCAGAGUAUUUUUAUGAGUUCCAGACCUUGCGCUCCCUGGACAAAGACAUCAUGGACAACCCAACAGUCAACAUUCCCCUGCUGGGCAGUGUACCACACAAACCCUCAGUGGUGCAGGUUGGUUUCCCCUGUCUGGGAGACCAGGAUGGUGUGGCAGCCUUUGAGGUGACUAUCCUGGUGAUGGACACUGGUGGUAACAUCAUCCUCAGGACACCACACAAUGCCAUUUUCUUUAAAACCUGCCAGAGAGCAAAGUGUCCUGGCGGUUGCCGAAAUGGAGGCUUCUGCAAUGAAAGACAGGUUUGUGAGUGUCAGGAUGGUUUCUAUGGACAACACUGUGAGAAAGCUCUUUGCUCACCCAGAUGUCUCAACGGUGGUUUGUGUAUGAGUCCAGGGGUGUGUAUUUGCCCUCCGGGUUACUAUGGUGACAGCUGUGAUAAAGCAAAUUGCAGUGCCACAUGUAUGAAUGGAGGAACAUGUUUCCACACAGGGAAGUGCAUAUGUCCUAGCGGCUAUGAAGGAAACCACUGUGAACUCAGUAAAUGUCGCCAGCCCUGCAGAAAUGGAGGGAAGUGCACUGGGAGGAACAAGUGCAAAUGCAGCAAGGGAUUUCAUGGUGACCUCUGCUCUAAAGCUGUGUGUGAACCCAGCUGUGGGGUGCAUGGAACAUGUGUGGAGCCCAACAAAUGCCAGUGCAAAGAAGGCUGGCACGGACGCCACUGCAGCAAGAGGUACAGAGAGAGUAUCUCCGGUGGUCAUCGGCUCUCAGCUCCAAAAUACAAGCAGCAUUCACCCUUCACUAAGACUACAGUGGAAGAAGGGAACGUCAGUCGGCUGGCGGAGACUAACUAUGCAGUUUGAACCCCUACAUGUCAACCACACAUUGCCCUUUCUUCAGCAGCAGCCAACAAGUUAGGAAUUUCUACCCACUACAGCUAACCAGCCAACCUGCCACCAACACCUCCAGCUCCUAUGGGCUGUGUUAAUAGGCCAGCUGCACAUGUUUUGCCUGGAUUUGAAACCAACCAGUGUUCCCAAAGCUCCUUUUCUGAUAUUAAUAAUUUGUCGAGAAGUCAGCACAUUUCUACAACUAGUAAUUUGUAUUAUUUAGUUAUUAUUGUUAUUGUGUGUGGUGCAAGAGGAGCCAGUUGCAUUUAUCUAGUAGUCUGCAACAGGCAAAUAAUAUAUUUUUCAAUGUUUGGGUAUUGCUGGCUGUUAGGGUGUCGGUGGAUUGUUCACGCAGACCUGGGCUUUCUUCACCUGAGAUUUGCGUGGGAUGUGGAAGUGACUCACAGGGCAUUGAAUUACUAUUUUGGCUACAUCAACAUAUCACUACUAGCAUGAAAGGCAUCCCCGAUCAAAAGCUGAUUCAUUCCAUGGCAGAGAGGAAUGGCAGCUGUGAAAGCCAAAGAAGUUCCCAUAUACCCAUUUACUGCACACAUAACCAAACAGAAGAUUCAGUUCAGUCACACUUUCUUUUGAUAGUCUCCUAUAGUUCGACAGAAUGUCAGCUGAUAUAUAAAUUAAAUAUCAACAAGAGUUCAGGAGAAUGUUGAACUAUGAUUUACCUUUCAACAUCAUAUUAAUAUCUAUUCACAUGCUGAUGUGUUUGCUGAAUUUUAACAAACCCAGUUGGCCCAGUUUACAUUAUCACUGGAUGCCUGCUGUGUUAUUAUGAAACUCACCAGAGUUCUGGGCAAGACACACCCACAGGGCUAAGGUCGGUUUAUGAUUGGGAAUUUUUAUGACCAAUCACAGUGUUGGUGGGCAUGUCUUCCUCAGAACUCUAGUGGGAUCCAUAAUAACGUGUUACUGACAUGUUGAAAAAUAAUGUAUGGCAGGGGUGUCACAUUGAUGCCAUGAAGGGCCAAGAGGCUGCAGGUUUUCAUUCCCACCAAAAACUCCAACAGAUAUUUGUGCCUCUGCAGCUGUAGAGUCUGCAUCCGUGAUGGCAAAGCACCUGCUGCCCCCCAUGAUCCUGAUCAACACCCAUUUCUGCAAUAUGUAUUUUAGUUGUCAUUAGUCAUAUUAUUACUACUCCAAUUAUUAGUACUACUCAGUCCCGCAACCACCACACCGAUGAUUAUCAUUCUUAAUAUUCUCACUAUCAUUGUUCCGACUACUACUAUUACUGAUAUCAAUAAGAAAGUGCCUUGAGAUAACUUUUGUUAUGAUUUGACGCUAUACAAAUAAAAUUGAAUUGAAAAUUGAAUUGAAUUGAUUUCACUGAUGAGUCCCCCCUCUCUGCUUCAGUGAAAUCACCUGGUAGAGUUUUUGGUUCUCUUGGCCCACCAUGACAAAUGGCUUGACAUAUGUGAUUUAUGCCUUACUGAUAUUCUACCCAAGUCUUGUUUAUAUUUAACCUAUACAAUAUUUGUGAACCACUUUUUGUUGUGUAUUUAUCUUAUAGUUUGUGGUAGCUACCAUGAUAAAGUAGGCAAAGAUUACAUCCAGCUACAUUGAACUAGUCUUCUGAUAUUCUAAGCAUAACAUUUACAGCAGAGCACAUGAACUGUCUAACAUGUCAUGUUCUGAAAAGUAAUCAUAAAUUCAUUGUUUGCAAUUUAUGUAAUGAAUUGAAAUGACUGUAAAUGCUAUACUUGUUCCAUGUUGAAUGGUCAGUAUUAAUAAACAUUUUAUGAAUUCAAAA